CGUCGAACGAUGCAGUCUUCGCAGAAACUCGCACUGGCACUGACCCUAGUGCUGAUUUGGUGCCUGGCCCAAAGUGCUGUGGAGUCCAGGCGAAGAUGGCGCAAGGCCGUGCAUUUGAAUCUGCACAGGGAAGCGAACCACACCAAGAUCCUGAAGAGUUUCCCCAACCAGAAGCUGCGACUCAAGGAAAAACUGAGUCCCACCACCGAUGUGGUGAUAUCCUCGUUAACCGUAUCUCAAACAGCCGUGGCCAAGGAUAACUUGUUCAAUUCCCACAACACGGAGUACUAUGUGACUGCCAGUUUCGGAUCUCCGAAGGCGCAGAAGGUCACCCUCCUGGUGGACACCGCCUCGGCGAAUCUGCUGGUCUACACCUCGGAGUUUGUGAGCGAGUUCUGUGCGCAGCACAAUGGUUACAACUCCAGUGAGUCGCAAACCUACCAGGCCAAUGGAUCUCCCUUCGAGAUACAGUUCGCAUCGCAGGACGUCCUGAAGGGAUUCCUCUCCACGGACACCUUCACCUUGGGAGAUCUGUCCGUUACGAAUCAGACCUUUGCCGAAAUAAACUCAGCUCCUCUGAACCUGUGCAAACGGUCGAAUUUCGAUGGCAUCCUUGGACUCGGACUGCAUCAAAUCGCCCUGGAUGGAGUGCAGACGCCCCUGGACAAUAUUGUGGAGCAAGGACUCAUCGACGAGCCCAUCUUCUCCCUCUACGUCAACCGGAACGCCUCGGAUGCGAGUAACGGCGGCGUAUUGCUGCUCGGAGGUGCGGAUCCCACUCUCUACAGCGGUUGCCUGACUUAUGUGCCCCUUUCCAAAGUGGGUUUCUGGCAGAUCACGGUGGGCCAAGCUGCGAUUGGCUCCAAGAAGCUCUGUUCCAACUGCCAGGCCAUCUUCGAUAUGGGCACCUCCUUGAUAAUUGUGCCGUGUCCUGCGCUGAAAAUUAUAAAUCAAAAGUUGGGCAUUAAGGAAGCCGAUAAAAGAGACGGAGUCUACAUCAUCGACUGCAGCAAGGUGUCUCGUCUGCCGAACGUCGUCCUGAAUAUUGGCUGGAAGGACUUCACUCUCACCCCCUCCGACUACGUUCUCAACUACAGUGGAACCUGCGUAUCCGGCUUUUCUAGUCUCUCCGCAUGCAAUGGCAAUGGCAGCCAAAUCAAUGAUGAUGGCGACGAUCUGAACAACAUAUGGGUGUUUGGCGAUGUGUUCUUUGGAGCCGUCUUCACAUUGUUCGAUUUUGGCCUCAAAUUAGUGGGCUUAGCUCCCAAAGUUUAAGCAAAUAUCGAUCUUCCAUCAACUAAUUGUAAUAAGAUUCUUUAUUUUGUAGUAGAUAGUAGUCAGGUUUGAUGACUGUUGAUACCUGAUAUAUCAGAUAUAUAGGUAUUUAUUUCUAUUGUCAUAAUAAAUAAAUAAGUUGGUGUUGGGAACCUCAAAA